UUCACCUUUGCUGACAUUGUGCCAAAAAUCAUUCAUCAAUAACGAAUAUUUUCACCAAACAUCCUGGUUUAAUUUUUCAAAGUUUUUGUUAAUUUUGUAGUUUAAUUUGAAUAUGGUGUGCGUAAUUCUCUUACAAAUAUAUAGACUAUACGUAUUACAUUUGGAAACAGUUGAUGAAGGUAACGGCGGCUCUGUAUAUAGGAAGCGACACAAACAUAGGUCGAAAGAGAAGAAAGAACGAAGCAGAAGACACGAACACAAGUCAAAAAGGCACAAGAGACGGCGAGAAGUGGCCGAGACCACGGUCUCAGUGAUCAGUGACCCUCGGAAACACGACCGAGUGGACGGAGGCAGAAUUAGAGCCAUAAUAUUAACAAAUUCUGAUGACAUCAAGGAAUUGGAAUUGACUAAACUGUUCAAUGAUCAAGUUUCAACUGAAAAUGAGAAGAAGAAGAACAAAAAGAAACAGAAAUCAGAGACCUCGGAAGAAUCAGUGAAUGUUCAUCAUACAACUGACGAUUCAGGCAUUUGACAUCAUCGGGUAAGGCGAGAGAGCCCCAAACGAAGCCCCAGGCACAAAAGACAAAGCAUAAAGACAAGAAGCAUAGACGGAAACAGAGUAGUGACAGCGACUCCGGCAGUUCUAGUUAAAUGUCAAUAAAAAAUGAGGUGACAUUUGA